AUGACUUCUGUUCCACUUCAUCAACAAAUUACUGAAUAUUUUAAAAUCCAUCAAUUAGUCCCCCAAAUGACCGGUGUAAAUAUUCAAUUUAUUGUUAUAGAAUUAGGUCAGCUUUUCCGAACCAUUAGUGGCGAUACUAUACAAACUUUAAAAGUAGCUGAUACUACAGGAUCUGUCACUCUCUCUCUCCGAAGUCCUGAUCUCAUUGAAGCUUUUCAGCCAGGAGACAUAAUUAAACUGAAAAACGGGUAUACUAAUGUUCAUAGAGGAUCUCUAACCUUAAGUUGUGGACGGAAUGGAGAGUGUUUGCGAAUCGGUGAGUUUUUCAUGGGAUAUACGGAAACUCCCAACAUGAGCGAAUAUAACGCUCAAUAUGCUGCGAAUGAGCGAGCAAGGAAAGGCUCACCUCCUGAGGAAGGAGAGGUUUCGAGUGGCGAUCCUAGACGCAAUUCCGUUAACAGAGGAGGCUUUCCCGGAUCAAAACGACCACAAGGUUUUAAUUCUAACUCUGGGGGCGCUGGACCUCCUCCGAAAAGGCCUGAUAUAAGUCACCCGAACAGAGGCAGACCUUAA